GUUUUACUUUCUUCCCCCGAAACGAUCUGUGAUGGCCGGCGAAGAUUUUCGGUCUCGCGUCGAUCGGAUCUUCGGAUCUCUCGCCUUCUCUCGCUCCACGUCUCCUACUACUACCUCCACGUCUUCUGCGCCGCCGCUGCGGCAAACGCAAUCGGGCUCGGUGUGGUCUCUCUCCGGCGCAGAAGUGGAGAAGCGGGAGUGGAAGCGAGAGCAGCUCGCGUCGUACGAUAGGGAAGAGAUGCCUUGUGCAUCAUCGUUCGACGAGAUUCUGAGGCAGCAGAGGCUCUCGAGCACUGAUCGGAAGGAGGGUGAGGAAGGCGGUAACGAGGAUUUUGAUGUUGAUGAUGAUGAUUGGAGCAUCAGAGCUUCCAUGGGCCUUGACCGUACUCUCGAUGACGAGGACGAAGAAGAUGAGUAUGAUAAGGUCGCACUAGGGAAAGAGGAUGGUGGUAAAGGCUUGUCUAUGGAAGAUGCCAUUUCCAGACCUUGUGGUGUGCGGAUUCGGGACCCUCGUGCUAACCAUGCUGCUGCAAAAAUGAGGUUGAAGGAAGAUGAACUCGAGGCUAACAAGAUUAGCCCUUCUGGCGUUAUCCCCUCGAAGAGUAAAGAGCCAACACCGCACCCAGAAGAAUCUUCUAAAUCUGUGCCACCGAAACCUAUACUCAAAAGGAAAGAGAGUUGUUCAGAUUCAGAAGCAAGGACAAGUAAGCGGGUCAGGUUUGAUGUUGUCACUGAAGAAACAUCAAAGAAGCCUGAAGAUAAUUAUUCAGUUUCUGCCUCCUUAAAAAGCGCAUUGCCUCGGGGUAAAAGUGGUGCUCAGGUACCGGAUUACUUGGUAAAUCCUUCGAAGUACACCUGUUACAGCUUUGACCCAUCUUCGGAAUUGAAUGAGAAGUCCCAAACACAAGAGUUCACGGACAUUCCCAAGGAUUCCAAAGGAUUAGAAACUUCAGAGUCAGAAUCAUUCAAGAAAGUCUCCUUUGGUCCGCAGAAGAAGACCGAGGACGUCAGAGAAGACGGUGGCAACUGUAGUGAGACGAAGCCUGUUGAAGCUGGUCAUGUGGCAGAAGACGAGAGACCAAGUGAAACAGAAGGUGGUGAUACUGAAAUAGAAGAAUCAGAGAGCUGCAACAGUUUCCAAAGGAACGGUCGUCAGUAUCGUGCCAAGCAAAGUGUAGAUGAAACUGAUGUCUAGAUUAUUCGGUUUGGUUUGGGGUCCAUGAGUUGCAAAACAUGUAGCGUCUUCUAGCAGUCUUAUACAUAGUAAGAAAAAAAACUCAAAGCAGUUUGCCUUUGAGACUGGCUAUGAUUCCUUGCUUUCUAAAAAGUC